UGGCCAAUGGACUCGCGCGGCAGAGGGCGAAGGGCAGGCCGGCGCCGCCGUAGACGCUGGGGACGCUAGCUCACUCUCUCCUUUUGACGCUGUCAAGUGAUGCUGUUUGGAAAAAUUUCCCGGCAGUUCUGUGGCUUAAAGAAACUCCCAAGGUCACGUGACUCCCGAUACUUCUGGGGCUGGUUGAAUGCAGUGUUUAAUAAAGUGGACCAUGAACGCAUCCGGGAUGUUGGCCCUGACAGGGCGGCGUCCGAGUGGCUGCUGCGCUGUGGGGCUGUGGUGCGCUACCACGGCCAGGAGAGGUGGCAGAAGGAUUACAACCACCUCCCAACAGGCCCCCUGGACAAAUACAAGAUCCAGGCAAUUGAUGCCACUGAUUCUUGUAUCAUGAGCAUUGGAUUUGAUCACAUGGAAGGCCUACAGCAUGUUGAAAAAAUAAGGCUAUGCAAGUGUCACUAUAUUGAGGAUGACUGUUUGAAGAGACUUAGUCAACUUGAAAAUUUACAAAAAAGCAUGUUGGAAAUGGAAAUAAUUUCAUGUGGGAAUAUCACAGACAAAGGUAUCAUUGCUUUGCAUCAUUUAAGAAACCUCAAGUAUUUGUUUUUAAGUGAUCUUCCUGGCGUAAAAGAAAAAGAAAAAAUUGUCCAAGCCUUUAAAACAUCACUGCCUUCUCUGGAACUAAAAUUAGACUUGAAGUAAAAUAAUAAUAUUCAGUAAGUGCUUAUUUCAAUAUAAAGUAUCAUGUGCAAUUGUUGAUCCUAAACAGCAACAAAUAUUACAUAAUCGUCAACAGAACUAUAAGAAUGUUAUAUACUACAACAUUCUAGCAGAGUCCAUCAUGUAGAAAAUAAACAUUCAGAUGUGAUUCACUAAAGUUACUAAGUUAGAAGUGAGAAUUUAGGUACAUUAAACCAUUUUAAGAAAAACGCAAACCAGGUACCAUUUUAAUUCUUAUAUAUUCCUUAUUUUAUAUCAAUCCUAUAUAAAUAUCUGUUGAUGUAGAUACUUAAGAGUUCUUUAAAAUGAUUUAAAUGUACAACAGAUAUUCUUUAUUUUUUAACAGUAAUUUGUUGCAUUUUACUUUAAAGUUAUUGAAGCAUGUUACUAUAAAUAUACAAUUAUGAAAAACUGAAAGCUGAAUUUCAUAUUCAUUGAUGGAGUCAAUUAUGCAAAGUAGUCAGCGGUUGCUGGGGCAUUCAUAUUGCUUCCCAGGAUUUGCAUGCAUUUGUCAUGAUCCUGCAUUCCUGUGCUCUUUAUACCAUACAUCCUUUCUCUGAAUGAACAGUUUCUGGCUAAUUUGUCUAUUUUGUAGGCUUAGUCUAGUGUCUUAUUAAAACUAGACAUAAAUACCUGGCUGGAUUUAAAUAGCUUUGGUGAUUGCAAUAGAACAGAGGAAACAAUGAUGAAGGCCAUCAGAGCUAUACUUACUUUUUGCUUAAAUUAAAAAACUGCUUCAAACAGAAAAAUUUAACAUGUCAAUUAGAAACUAAUUUGUAUUCCCUCAUAUAUGUUGGAUAGUACUUCCCAUGAGCUCAAGGGACAUCAUAAGAAGUAUAAGCACAAAUUCACUUUACAUCUAGAAAGCAGUGAUAAAGAAUAUCAUAAAUAGGUAUAAACAGAUUUUUAUUUUUACCUGCUUCAAAUGGUCCUGAUUCUAUUUUUGUUAGUUAUAUGCCAACUUGUUUGUGUAUUUCUGUAUGUUUGGUUUGAAUAUUAAUCUGUUGAAUAUAACCUUGACUGGAGAUAAUUUUAAAAUAAACACUUUCUGUGAUGCAGCAUUAAAGUAGAAAAAUGAAUUUUAGUUGUGUUAGGAACCAGCUUAUGUAAAUAGCACAUACCAUAAAUGAUAUACUGUUUACUAAUAUAAUUGCCACUGCCAUUUUAAAAAUCAGAAAAUAGUAAAUAAAAAAAUGAUAAGGAUGUAGAACAGUCUCAUGUGAAACAGUGGCGAUUCCAUGCUGAAGAAAAGAUCACAGAUAUGGUUAAAUUAAGUAUAAGCAUAUAUUUAAUAGAACUCAUUAGAAAUAAAUGACCACUUCUAUCUCAGGCUUGUUUGAUUACUAUGUGAUGAAGCAACUGAUUGACCACAGGUUAGUCUGGAGCUACUUUUCUACUCUGAAUGGUAUUCCUUAAAACUACUGGAUAAAUUAGGCUGUUACAGUCAUCUGCCUCGUCAGGUACACUGUUGGGGGUAAGGAAAAAAAGAAAAACACAAAAUGUAAACUAUUAGCAGAAGUUGGAUGUCCUUCUUUGUCAUUUGAAUCAAGUCUACAUAACAAGAAUUAGAUUACACUGUGACUAGUAUUUAACCCGCUAUCAGCUCUAUGCAAGAAGCUACAUACAUUAGGAAGCCUCAGGAUAUCACUAAACGGUCUGGGGUAGCCAAAAUUAUUGAACAGAUGCCAGAAUUUGGUGGAUUACUUAGCAGUAAGUGAAUAAGGUCAAAUGCUCUCAUGAAGAAAAUUAACAUAGCAGUAAACUGAGAAUGCAGAAGAAAGGUUUUGAAGAUACAGUAAAAUACAUCUUCAAAAACCAUGGCGGAGGACUGCUAGGAAAUAGCAGCACAUCAAUCAAAAAUGGGGUUGAGCAAUAAGAAGCAGACAUCAGCUUCAUAUUGCCCUUGUGUCCAGGGGACAAGGAUGAAAAAGCUUUUUGAAUAGGAGCAAUAGGCCAAAUCAAAGCUAGUUAUAUGUCAUCAUUUUAAGUAUCACUGUACAAAGCUAGGAAUUCUCAAUAAUGUCAUUUUGGUCUAUUUUCUUAUUAGUUGUUAACUUCUAGUUGUUAGGUUGGUAUAUACACACACAUAUAUAUGUGUGUGCACUAUAGAUAUACACACAUACACAUAUAGUGUAAAAAGAUAUUUCAGGGAAAACAUUAGCUUAUAACCUUAUGUCUUUUAUGACCCAAGUAAAAGCUCAUAAGCAGUUUCUUCCAAAACCCAGAUCACUAUAGUCCUGACAGUAUCUCUGUCUCCAAGUCUGAGGCUGAGCUGGAGAGAAUGAAGUACUAAUUACUUUCAGGCUGGCAGGCCCAGUUCCUGUGAAGCCUGUAGUUCUUGUUCUACCCCUGGGUCAGCUGCCAAGCUUCAUGCCAUUGUUUGCAAGGGGAAUUGGGUGAACAAGUUUAGAUGGAUUAUAGUAAAUCCAUCUUGCCUGCAAAAAUGACUAAGAUGCAUCCUUUACUAAAGGUAAAGACCAAAGUAUAUGUAAGAAAUGUCUAUAAACAUAUCAUUAAAUAUAUAAGCAUGUAAAUUAGUCUUUUAUGAUCAUCCAUAUGAUUUUAAAUAUUUUAAACAUCUCAUAUAUUCAAAAAAGUUUCAAUAUAUAAAAAUCAAGAGCUAGAGCAAGCAGAAAUGGAACUUUAAACAUUUUGGUUUCGAGAACCUUAACUCUCCUUAAAUACGAUGAGAAAAUCUGAAAAGGCAGGAGAUAGGACUCAAAGCAACAGAGAUCCAAGGAAACAUAUAUGGGCAUUCUGUAAUCCAUUUUUUCACUUGUUGCAUGUGGUACAAUUGAAGCAUAAACUUUUUUAUCUCUAAUUUUGCCGGAGGUAUGGGCGAGCGCAGUAGAUAGUUUAUAUUCUGUCCAUAAGCUCAGCUACUUAGAUACAACAAAAAUAAAAGUGAAAAAAAUCCAAAGAA